GCACGGUCACACUGUGCACAGUAAACAGUUUCAGAUUUUAUCGUGUGUGUGCAAUUCGUGGAAGAAAAUUUGGUAAUUUGCCAUAAAAUAGUUAAAAACUCUCGUUAACAGCGCUAAAAUGUGUUAAACUUCAGACAUGUGUUAAUAGUGUACAAUUAACAAUGUAAAAACUGUUGCCUAGAUUUGCUGUGUGUUGUUACAAAAACUGGCCAUAUAUACACUUGCAUACACACACAUGCACACACACAGUGGCAAACGUAGACAAAAUACUAAACCCUCCCUCGACACACGAAUCACUUUUCAGAACCGUGCGCUGGGCCGUCGCGGCAAAGCGACCCACAUAAAGAAAGCGAACAGCAGAGCAAAGCAAAACUAAGAGAAGUACUCAUAAAUACACAAACACACAAUCACACACACAUAAAUAUACAGCGAGUGAAAGAGUGGGCUAAUUAAGUAUUCGGAUCAUGGACGAUGCCAACAUACAGGACAAGGAGCGCUUCGCUAGCCGCGAGAAUCAUUGUGAAAUCGAACGACGCCGUCGCAACAAAAUGACCGCCUACAUAACGGAACUCUCGGACAUGGUGCCCACCUGCAGCGCCCUGGCACGCAAGCCCGACAAGCUGACCAUCCUGCGCAUGGCCGUGGCCCACAUGAAGGCGCUGCGUGGCACAGGCAAUACGAGCAGCGAUGGCACCUACAAGCCCUCCUUUCUCACAGACCAGGAACUGAAGCAUUUAAUCCUGGAGGCAGCCGAUGGCUUUCUAUUCGUCGUAUCCUGUGAUUCGGGCCGUGUGAUCUAUGUGUCCGACUCGGUGACUCCGGUGCUCAACUAUACACAAAGCGAUUGGUAUGGCACCAGCUUGUAUGAGCACAUCCAUCCGGAUGAUAGGGACAAGAUACGCGAACAGCUGUCCACGCAGGAGUCACAGAAUGCGGGCCGCAUCCUCGAUCUGAAGUCGGGCACAGUCAAAAAGGAGGGUCAUCAGUCGAGCAUGCGCCUCAGCAUGGGCGCCCGCCGUGGUUUCAUAUGUCGCAUGCGCGUGGGCAAUGUCAAUCCGGACGCCAUGGUCUCUGGCCAUUUGAAUCGCCUAAAGCAGCGCAAUUCCUUGGGCCCCUCCCGGGAUGGCUCCAAUUAUGCUGUGGUCCAUUGCACAGGCUACAUAAAAAACUGGCCGCCCACGGACAUGUUUCCCAAUGUGCACAUGGAACGCGAUGUGGAUGACAUGGCCUCCCACUGUUGCCUGGUAGCCAUUGGCCGGCUGCAGGUCACCUCAACGGCUGCCAACGACAUGACCGGCAGCAAUAAUCAGAGCGAGUUCAUCACACGCCACGCCUUGGAUGGCAAAUUCACGUUUGUGGAUCAGCGUGUGCUGCACAUUCUGGGCUAUACGCCCACCGAGCUGCUGGGCAAGAUAUGCUAUGAUUUCUUUCAUCCCGAGGACCAGAGCCACAUGAAGGAGAGCUUCGAUCAGGUGCUCAAGCAGAAGGGACAAAUGUUCUCGCUGCUCUAUCGCGCCCGCGCCAAGAGCUCCGAGUUCGUAUGGCUGCGCACGCAGGCCUAUGCCUUCCUCAAUCCCUACACGGAUGAGGUGGAGUACAUUGUGUGCACGAACAGCUCCGGCAAGACGCUGCAUGGCGCCACGCCCGAGCAGCAGCAGCAACAACAGCAGCAACAGCAGCAGGCGGAGCAACAACAUGUUUAUGUGCAGGCGCCGGGCGUCGAUUAUACGCUGCAGCCGCCGCGACGUGAGAUUACACCCACUGGCGGCGAUGGUGGCAUCUACCAGAUGCACAUGCAGGCGCCGCCGCCACGUCCUGCCUCGGCGCAGAAUACGCCCGUCGCCUAUAGCUAUGAUGCCACGCACUCGCCAUAUGGCGCCGCAGCGGGCGGCGGACCCUCUCCGCUGGCCAAGCUGCCCAAGUCGGGCACCUCGCCCACACCCAAUGCCUGGGGCGCGCGUGGCAUGCCCGGGCAGCAGCCGCAGCCAACUUCUACUGAGGCAUAUCCAGCGUAUCAGCAGAGCAGCCCGGCGCGCUCGCCUAGCGGCCCCACCUACACGCAGCUCAGUGCUGGCAAUGGCCAGCAGCAGCAGCAACAACAACAACAACAACAGCAGCAGCAGCAACAACAACGUCAGCAACAGCAGCAACAGGCGGCUGCAUAUCAGGCGGGGCCAGCGGCAACGCCUUGGGAUUGGCAAAAUGCGGCCACACACCCGGCACAUCCGCAUCCACAUCCGCAUCCGCAUGCCCAUCAUCCACAUGCGCAUGCACAUCCAGGCGCUGCAGUCGUUCCAGGCGCACAGCAGCCGCAAGGUCAGGAGUUCUCAGAUAUGCUGCAAAUGCUCGAUCACACCAACACAACCACAUUCGAGGAUCUGAAUAUUAAUAUGUUUAGUACUCAAUUCGAGUAAAUGCACUCUCUCUCCCUCUCCCUCUCUCUCUCUCUCUCUCCUUCUCUCGCACACACACACACACACACACACGUCCACUUGUAACUCUGUUAGGGAUGAGCGCGUGCUAAGCUAGCUAAGCACGACAUGAAUAUUGUUCUUGCAAGCAACAGUUUUUAAUUAACUUGUACAGCUUACAGAUAGUAUUUGAUCUGUUUAUGAUUCUACAAAUUGCAAUAUUAGACUCUUAUAAUUACCAAUAGUUGAGUUGCUAUUUUCACUAUUGAAAAUAUACAUUAUUUCUCAUGCACUUCCAGACACGCGCUCAUCUUUACUCGGUGCAAAACUCAGUUUUACUUAUUUUUCAAGUGCAAUCUACAAAAGAAAAAAAGAAUCAUGCUAAAAAAUUGUUGAAAUAUUUUAGCCAGCAUACAUACAUAUAUGGCAUAUAUACAUAUAUCAAGUCGGAUAUAAAGCAAAACAAAUAAAUUGUAGACUCGUAAAUAGGCACUUAGGCACAUAACGGUAGUCACGUACCGUAUACGCUCUCGAUAUCGAUAUCAUUGCUCGCUUCCACACGAAAAGCCGCCAAUCCGCACACUCACACACGCAGAGAGAACACAUAUGUAUGCUGUGUCUGUGUCUCUGCCAAGCAGUGCAAAGUAUUCGAAAUAGCUGUAAGGCAAUCACUCAUGCAAAUUGCAAAGUUCAUUAACGAACAAAAGAAUACAACUUUUAUAUGUGUAUACAUAAUAAUAUAAUUACAUGUGUAAUUCCUAGACUAAUAAACAACAAUUCUACUUGUAAGCACUUGCACACACUCACACACACACACACACACACACACACACACACACACACCCAUAUGCAGAAAUCAUGGGUUGCGCUCUUUCUCUCACCCGCCCGCUACAAUUUGCUCCCUGCACUGCAACAUUGACACCAAUUUGUUGUUGUUUUGCUCAUUUUUUGCUUUUAUUUGUUUUUGCAUGCGGAAAAAACAGUUCAAGUGCAAAUACUGAAAACAGUUAUUGCUUAAUUUUCUUUUUUGUCAAAUUUGUGAAAAUUGCAAGCUCUACUUUUAACGGGUUUGCCAACAGACGCGGCUCAAAUAACGUUGACUACGCAUUAUAUAAAUAUUAUUUACAUAAAACAUUCAUAGUUUUUAACAUACAAAUUAGCAAAUAAAGCGUAUGGCAUAACAAAUAAAAAAUAA